CUGAUAUGACGCCCCAAAUGAACUCUAUUUAUAAAUAAAGUAAUUUGAUCAUAACACUGAGGCGGAAUUUCCCACGUGUAUAACAUAAAGUGAUUGCAAUUUAGUUACCCACAAUAACUGAAAGUAAACAAGUGCCAUGGGUCGGAAAGGACAGCCCCUCAAGUCUAGACAACAAGGAAAAACAAAAAAUCACCGUAUAUUAUUAUCCAAAGAAAUUCAGGAAAAUGUCGACAAACUGUUAAGAAUAAGCACCAUACCUCAACAGGCUAACGUGAGUAAGGCAUUGGAAAAUCAAAGAGAAAUUAGUACGAUUGUUGAACAAGUUAAAAAGUUACAAUUAAAUAAAGAUUCGAAUCACUCGGUCGGUAAUCGAGCAACUGGCGACAUCGUGGACAACUUUUCAAAAUGGGUACUAGAAAACGGCGCGCAAUUCAACGGUUGCAGCAUCAACGAAUUUAAAGGAUACGACUUGGGCCUGAAAGUGAAUCUGGACAUUCCGCAGUCCAGUUUAGUCAUAGCUGUGCCACGGAAAAUCAUGUUGACCGUUGAAAAAGCCAAAGAAAGCAUUUUAAAGGAUCUUAUUGAUAAAGAUCAUAUUUUAAGGAACAUGCCUAACGUAACUCUGGCAAUUUUCCUGUUACUAGAAAAAUUUAAGGAAAAUUCGUUUUACAAACCCUACUUAGAUAUUCUACCAAAGAGUUACACUACGGUUUUAUAUUUUACAAUUGAUGAGUUAGAAGAACUAAGAGGCAGUCCAACUCUUGAGAUAGCAUUAAGGCAAAUAAAAAGUAUCGCGAGACAGUACGCCUAUUUUCACAAACUGUUUUCUACAUCGGACGAUCCCGUAAGCAGAAUUAUGAGGGAGAAAUUCACAUACAACGAAUAUUGUUGGGCAGUUUCUACUGUAAUGACUCGUCAGAAUACCAUACCCUCACAAAAAGGAGAUCAAAUGAUCAACGCUUUAAUACCUUUGUGGGAUUUAUGCAAUCACACCAACGGAACGAUUUCAACAGAUUUCAACCCGCAAUUGGACCAAUGUGAGUGCCUGGCUUUAAGAGAUUUCAAACGUGGUGAACAACUGUUUAUUUUUUAUGGGGCAAGGAGCAAUGCCGAUUUGUUUAUUCACAAUGGAUUUGUGUAUGAAGAUAACGAACAUGACGGAUACUGGAUAAAACUAGGACUCAGUAAAUCAGACACACUUCAAGAGAAAAGGUUGGAAGUGUUGAGGAAAUUGUCGAUAGCUGGAUCUACCGACUUUUUAAUAAAGAAAGGUCCUAGGCCUAUUGAAGGAAAGUUAUUGGCCUUCCUUAGAGUGUUCAAUAUGAAUGAGGACCAACUGGAUCAUUGGCUAGAAAGCGACAAAACGUCCGACUUGGAAUAUGUCGAGUGUGCGCUUGAUACGGUUCUAGAAAAGAAAUCAUGGACAUAUUUACAAGAUCGUCUUAAGUUACUUUUGGCAUGUUAUAAAACAUCUCUAGAAAACGAUUUAGAAAUCCUUAAAACUGACAUUUCUGAAAAUCGAAAACUGGCCAUUCGAAUGAAAAUCACUGAAAAAAGGAUUUUAAGAGACACUGUUGAGUAUAUUGAACAAUAUAUAAAACAGUAAUGUUUAGUUCGUUCUUAAUUUAAUUUGAAUUAUCUUUAGUUUAAUCACUUCUUUUUAAUUUCGUUUCUGAUUCGUUCUUCUUAAUUACUUUUAAUCUGAACGUUGAAAUUUUUAUUGAGAACUGUUAUCAUUUUAUAAUUGCCAUAUUUAAUUUAUAAGUUUACAUAAUUUAUUUAUUUUCAAUAACUGUGGAAAUAUUACAAUAUUUUGCAGAAUAAAGAUUCUAACACAAA